CCAACCUGAUCCACUCGUCGAAGAAAUAAUAAGAUUAGAACAGAAAAUUUUCUAUUUCGACGAAGUUCUAUUUGCUGAAGGCUCCUAGUACGAACCACCCUACUGCCGUGACUACACCCUGUUUGCUGAAGAACAAAUUGAAGCAAACAAGGUGGCAAUUCGAGAAAGAGCAAAACUUCUUGAAUCAGUCCGGAAGUAAAAGGAGUUCGAAAGGAGAUUAUGCGAAGAAUCAGAUAUGAUUCAGAAAAUGCUGGAUGACUUCCAAAGAGAGAGACUAGAAGCUGAGGCUAAGGCUGAUGAAUUAGUCAAUGAUCUCUGUAAGGCUAUUGAGCUUAAACGCUACCUCCAAUCUCAAGAUCAAAUGAGGGAGGUUAAUGCUCAAAACGAGGCUCUAGAACCUAAGACCAACCCUAAACCAUUCAACCAUCAAGUUCCAGUUGUAGAAGAUUCACCCAGUUUUUCACCAUCAAAGAAACCCGAGAGCAUAACAACUCUCGCUAGGGCUACUGUGGUGAUGUUACCUGAAUGUCCUCCUAGCCAAGUCUCAACCAGCAUAGUCGUACAAGAGGUGGAGCCAACUGAGGGACCUGACUCAGAACCACCUAGGCUUAUUCAAGAAAAUAAUGAGGAGGAAGUUUUGCCUAUGGCAAUAAACGACCAUCUCCUUAAUUGUGUUGAAGGCACACCUCUAGAGGAACCUGUUCUAGAGGAAAUAGAGCCCAUUACCUGCCCCCAAGAUACCAAUGUCCAAGAGUCCGAGCAGGAAUCUACAGGCGAGGAAAUACUUUGCAUAGAAAAGCCAACUCCGUCUAUAGAAACCUAUGUACGUAAUGCUUCAUCUGAAGACUCAGACCAAACCUUCUUUGACUCCCUACUUGACGGGUGUGACGAUGUUUGCCCGAAGGAUGGUUGGAGCUUAAGGAGUUGGGAUGAACUUCUGAUGAGUGACACUGAAGACUCUUCCAUGGGGGAAAGCAUGGUCGUAAUCAUCAAACCACAAAUGGAUAGUCAGCCGAUUGAAGAUAAGGAGGAAAUCAAUUUCGCAAUCAAGGCUAAUGAUGUGGAUCAACUGAGGAGACUUCCGCCACCAACCUCCUAUCUAGAGUCUCCUCCUUUUAUCCUGUUCCGACCACCGACACAGUAUUUGGCCCAGAUUGUUUAUAAUAAGGAAGACAAGGAGGCACGUCCUAGAAGGGAGCAUACGAUUCCUAUGACCCUUCGCGAGCUUUCGCAAGGUAUGUUUGCAUUUCAAGACUCUGUAGACUCUCGCUUAAGGAGCAUGGAGACGCUCCUUCUCACGCAGCAGUGGCAGGUGGAGGAAAUACUUGACUACGUCCGGGAACAGGGAACAAAGAAAGCCGAGCAUGGGGCAGGUCCUAAACAAAGCAAACGUCAAGGAUAGUGAGAUCCUUAAUUUUCCUAUUACUACAUUCAGAACAUCAAUUUUAGAUAUUUAUAUGAUCUUACGUUAGAAUUCUUCUUUUCAUGACUCUUAAGACCAUUUUGAGAAUAUUUUAUGCAUUAUUUCAUAUUUUCAUGUUAUGAUUAUCUAUUAUUUCAAUCUUCAUCAUUGAAUCUUGUAAGUAUUUAGAUAACUUAGUAAUUGCCUGUGAGCAUUUCAACCAUUAA